CAGAAGUGGCCGCAGUACAAAGGACUUUGUCCCACCCCACUAGCAAUAAAAAAAAACAUUUUAUUAUGUUCAGUGAUUGUGUCAUGUAUGUUUUAUUAUGUUAUUUUGACUGUUCCAAUGAUUGGUUGGAGCAUCUGUUUCGAUAUCUGACAUAUUCUAUAUCCAAUGGUGUGUGAACUUGUUUCUCACUCUGUAACUGGAUCUACUUGAAUACAUUAAAUAUGAACGAACGAAUGAAUGAAUGAAUGAAUGAAUGAAUGAAUGAAGAGUGAAACAUGAACAUAUGCAACUCUGUCAAACAGAAUAUUUGGCAUGUCAUGCAGUUUUAACAGAUUAUCCAAACAGUAAUUAUGGAACAGUGUAUUUUGGAUCCUUAAUGUUACAUAUGUGUUCUCACAUAAACUUUGCUCUAGGUCCUAGAAUGUGAGCAAUUAGAACAUUAGUCACAGGUGCAGUUAUAAUAUUAUAACUUCAAAAUCAUGAUUCAGCUAUUAAUAGUGUUUAUUUCUCCUAGAUUUAAUUUGUAUGAAAAGAAACACCAGCUGCAACAUCUGUGCUUUUCAUGUGGAACAUUGGCCAUGAGUGGUCCUUGGAAUUUCAGUGUUCAACAGGAACUGGAACAACAGCCACUUAACAUGGCUCUCUUGCUCUUACAACAAGAACUUGCAGAUCUAGGCUCUGGAAUCCUGUCUGGGAGACAGACUGCAAAAGAGGAACAGCAUGCUGAAAAUAUUCCUUUAAAACAUCUUGAGCCAACAGUCUGCAUUAAAGAAGAACCCCAGCCUCUACCUGUUGAUUACCCAUACCAUGCCAUGCCAAAUAACUUCAGCAUGGUACCACAAGCUUGGUCAAUGUCUCAGCCAUUGCAUAUGCAAUAUGCAGAACAAACUUUUCCAGACUUGGCAGAAAAGACUAUCUUAAACUUGGAUAAUAUUAAGGAGGAAGUUGGACCAGAAAAGAGUGAUAUCCAUAAUGGAAAUUUUAAUCAGAUAUCUGAAUGUAACAAAUGCAAUUUGGAACAAUAUCCUUCAGAAUCUCUCAACAGGAAUGAAAUGUAUUCUGAAAGAAUGUGCAAAGCAGAGAAUUUAUACCACUUCUCACCAAUUCCAUAUCAUGGUCCUUCCACAUGGUGCAGUAUAAAGACAUUUACAGGAAAGGAAACAGUGAACAGAUGGGAUGUUCAGGCAGAAAGUACAAGAAAUUAUAACUCUUUUAUCAAUAGAAACAUACCUUCAUUCCAUAGUAUGCAUGGACAGAGUGCACUGCAAGGAGAGGUGGUUGUUCAUGGGCCAAUGGCACAUCCAGAUCAGAUCCCACCAGUUUGUCAUGUAUGUGAGAAAGGCUUUGGUAGUAAGGAACAGCUUCUGACCCAUAUGAUGGUGCACCAAAAUCGUAAACCUCAUGUCUGUGAAAUAUGUGAAAAAAGCUUUAGUUCUCCUGGGAAUUUGAAGACACAUGUAAUGACCCACACAGGUCAAAAGCCACACUCUUGUGAUAAAUGCGGCAAAAGGUUCACUACAUUGGGAAAUCUUAAAACCCAUUUUGUGAUCCAUACUACAGAGAGGCCCCAUCCUUGUCAGCAGUGUGGGAAAGGAUUCACAACUCUUGGAAACCUCAAGACACAUUUACUGACUCAUACAGGUGAGAGACCAUAUGUAUGUGAAGUCUGUGGGAAACGAUUCACAACACGAGGCAAUGUGAAGGCUCAUUCAGUGACUCAUACUGCAGAGAAACCAUUUGUUUGUCAUAUGUGUGGCAAGAACUUCAGUCAUAAAGGCAAUUUAAAGACACACAUUGUGUCAAGACAUAUGGCUAAUAAGCCACAAUAUGAUUGUGUAAUGUGUGGAAGACAUUUUAUGCAAGCAGAAGCACUAAACACACACAUAACAUUAGUACAUGCUGCUACAUCUGUACCUCUUUCCAAUUUGCAAGAUGGGCUUCAGCAUGAAGAGCCACCAGUUUUCUUACCAUUGAAAGUGUAGUGAGUUUUUAAAGUGAAGUCCAGUGGCAACUGUCUUGAACCUGUAUAGGAAAGUCUGAUAAUAGAAAAUGAAAAGUGUUUGUUUUUCCCUUCACUUUAUAAACUGCUCAGAAUGAAGUGUAAAACAAAGGCAAUACUCACACAUUUUGUUAUUACAUAUUUAUGAAGUACUA